AUGGCCUCGAAUCCCUCAACUGUAGAUCGACACUGCAGCGGACCUCGUCAUCACCACCACCACCAUCAAAACUCCUCCAGCACCUCCACCACCGAAACCCAAUCCCUCGGCCCAGAUCUCCAACGCAGCCCAUCCAACACCAUGACAGAGUCAACAACUUCCGCAACAUACACCCACUCUUCCAAUUCCUCCUAUCACCCCUACCUAGGAGACCGGCAACUCAACGCCAUCGAAUCCUGGAAAACUUCCGUUCAGGCCAAGUCGACUUGUCCGAUGAGAGUGGCCGGGGAGGAUCCUGUUAUCGAGGCGUAUUUGCAGACGAAGAUGGCGCUUUUUCGGAGUUUGGCUGGUGUUAAGGAUGGGGAGGGGGGUGUUGGGGGUGAAUCAUCGCCGCCAGACGGUGAGUGUAGGUGA